AUGACUCAGUUCGACUUCACUAGAGAAGCGACGCAAAGGCGAGAUUGGGACGAGUGCGAUGCUAUUGCACCCAACGAGCAAUCCGAACCCGACCCCAAGAGACAAUGCAUGGAACAUGCAUGGACAACCCAUGACCUUCUUCUAGAUCCAUACCCAUUAUUUUCGAGCCUGGUGCCAGUAACCCACGCUCAGGAUGCUGAAGUGUCCCUUGGCUCACACGAUAUCUGGGCUAGCUUCCAAGAUGAGGUGCCUUCUAGCAACUUUGACCUUACGCGUUUCUUCAACGUCGAAAAUGAACAUUCGUCAAAUCUUGCCCAGCAAUCCUCCGGUUUUCAUCUUCAACCCCCAGAAGCUUCAGAUGCAACUCAAUCCCUUCCUACGCCAAAUUCCGACCGUAACUAUCCUGAUGUGCAGCCAAAGAUUACCACCACCCCCGGCACGCUUUUAGAAGACACAUUGUCCACUCCCCAGAGCCUUGUUUCCAGGUCAUAUGAUACGUGUUUCGGAAUGAUCAUCACAAGCGCAUCCUGCCAUAGAUUGCCUAAUGAAUCUGGAAAUUUUAUCCCAGUGAACGUCCAAGUACUUGGCGAUGUUCUGAAGCUGUUUGGUGGCCAUACGAAUUAUCAUGUCGGGUUAUUAAACUCACCAGCACUGGGAAAACUUGCACGCGAGUUCACUGUAACCUUCUCCGCCAAGUGCGAGAAGACUAAGGAAACUAAAGACAUGAGGAAAUCGCUGGGUUAUAAAGACACGCUGGUACAUAUCGUACUAUACGGACUUCACGAGGAUCUGAAUGCAGUUGGGAACACUCUCUCCGAGGGUGGUCUGUUUCUUCAGCAUCCAACUCAAUGUGACGCCUCCGUACCUUACAGAAACCCCCAGUAUUUGAUAUCUCCAGGAACCGAAAUGCCACAAAUUGAGGACCUAGCCAAUGGCUCCCUCUCAACCAUGACGAUAGUGAAUCAAUCCUUGGAUAAAGAGAGGACCAGUGAAGUAUUUCAAGCUUUCGAAACCGUGGACGGUCCAGCCAAAUUUGCCCCUGUCGAACAAAGCCCCCGAUUGCAGACAAAUCUCAAGGAGCAUCAAAUCAAAGCACUUUCUAUGAUGACCGAAAAGGAACGUGGUGUCAUUGAAGAGGCAGAUUUCCCAACUCUCUGGGAAAUCCUCCGUGACUUUGACGGUAACGUCAGGUAUCGACAUGCUGUCACCGGAUCAACACAGAAAUGUCGCCCGCAGCCCCCUGCGGGAGGAAUACUCGCCGAUGAAAUGGGGCUAGGCAAAACAAUCAGUGUAUUGGCACUUAUUGCAUGGUACCUUGAUGGUUUGUCUUUGGAGAGCACAGAACCAAGAACAACACUCAUCAUCACAACCCCCUCUAUCAUGACAACAUAUGACACUUUGCGUAGUGAAUGGUCAAGUGGGGCAGUAAACAGUGCUCUCUUUUCUAACUCUGAGGGAUGGGCUCGGGUGGUUCUUGAUGAAGCUCAUCAUAUCCGCUCUCGUACCUCCCAAAUCUUCCAGGCUACAUGCCAACUUCGCGCUCGGUAUCGUUGGUGCCUUACAGGGACCCCAAUUCACAACCGAUUAGAAGACUAUGCAGCACUAAUUUCUUUUGUUGGAGUACCUCCAUUUACUGGGCCAUAUGGAAAGACCGCAUUCGCGGAAUGGUUGAUCAAACCUAUACACAUGUACGGCAAGAAUACGUUGGGAAUUAACCGCCUGAGAAAGCUGGUUGCUGCGACAUGUCUCCGACGAACGAAAAGCCACGUGCAAGAUCAACUUAAACUACCACUACGCGUCGAAAGGGAGGAGCUUGUUGAGUUGGACUCAGGAGAGCGGAGAAUCUACGAUUUCCUUAAAUCCCGAGCUUCAUCUCUCGUCGUCGGGAACUCCACUCAGCACUCCCAGAUGGAUAAGGCGCGCUGGGGGACUAUGCUCUCUCUGAUCGGCUUUUUACGGCUUAUUUGCAACCACGGAGAUCAACUGUUACCUGCUAUAGCAACAGAUCUAUACCACAGCCAGACCUUGUCGACUAUGGAUUUUCAAUGCGACGCAAAUGACUUCGAACUUGAAGGAUUAAGCGAUCCUCCAGUCAGUCUCACGCCUGACUUGCCAUUGACACCAAUGGCGCCAAAUGAGGUGAUCAAAGCGGAUUAUCGCCCCUCGUCUAAAGUCAAUACACUAUUGAAGAACAUUCAGAAUGAGCAAAGCGGCAAUCAUUUGCUCUCUGGUGAACGACCCGUCAAGAGUGUCAUAUUCAGUUUCUGGACGAAGAUGCUCGACCUUCUUGAAGUUGCAAUGCAAGCAAACAAUUUUGUCUUCGAGCGCAUCGAUGGCAAAACACCUCUUGAAAAGAGGUCACUUGCUCUGAAGAGGUUCAGCGAGGACUCAAGUUGUACAGUGAUGCUCGCCAGCAUUGGAAGUGUUGCAGAAGGAGUCGACCUUACAGCAGCCAGUUGUGUGCACAUGGUUGAGCCACAGUGGAAUCCCAUGGUUGAGGCACAGGCUCUUAAUCGAGUGCAUCGCAUGGGUCAAGUUCGUGAUGUGACAGUAACUCGCUACAUUGUCAAAGACUCAAUCGAACUGGUAUAUUCAGCUUCACCCAUUUUGUAG